CGCACUAUUUCUAGUUUGACGUUUGAUGUAGUAGCUACUGUAUGAAAAGUCGAGGUAAUGAAUUUUAAUAUCAGUAAUAAAUAUAUUUUGUUAUAACGCAACGACGUGGAUUUUCGUUUAGAUCGAUGAGAUAUUUGUGUUAUUCCGAAUAAAAAAAAUCGAACAAUAACUGCAGCAUGGCUGGUACGAAAAGAAAGAAGCGUGAUUCAAGGCAGAGAAAGCAGAAAAGACGAACAUUUCUGUUCGAGGUUAUAGAGCGUGACCCCAGCGAUAAUACACCGAAGACUGAAAUGAUGUCAAUUAAUGACAAUUGCAUUGAAGAGGUUUUAGAAUGGUUGUCUUUAUCAGAUUUGGUUAGCCUGAGCACAACGUGCAAACGAAUGAAAGACGUUGUGAGCCGAUACUUCGGACGUAAAUAUCCGACAAAAAGGAUCACGAUAAAAAUGGAUAGCGAUUUACGGGGGAGAAUUGAAUAUUGGCCUAGAGAAUUGUACGUACAACGAUUCCGUGAAUAUUUUCAAAAUAUCGCAAUCAGAGGUCGACAGCCGAUUAUAUUCCGACACGUUGGAUCUUUUUGCAACAAAACGCCGAAAAAACUCCGUAUCCUUGAAGCAAAAGCCUUAACAGAAAUGCAUGGUAAAUGCAUUGAAGACUUGUUGAAAAAUGUCGAAAUCGUUGAGUUUGAAGACUGUUCAUUUGCCACCGACUUCUACGAUAGCUUCUUAAAGUACUGUCUAAACCUCAAACAAUUAGUACUUAAGUCGUUUGCCGAAUGCACACACAAUGGCACGAAGAACCGAUGGCUUCUUCAUAAAUAUCCACAUUUGCGGAGAUUGAGCUGGAGUUUUGACGAAAAACCGCCCGAAGAACUGACUUACUUCUUCCAUCGAAAUCCAAAGGUGCAAAGUUUUGCCGCAGCUAAAUUUCCAUUGGAAAUCACCAAGUUGAUCACUAAUGCGGGCAUCAAAUUCGAUGAACUGUGCCUGGAUAUCGGUUUUGGUGUUGAUUUAAAUAUGAAACAAAUCUUUCAAAGUAUUGAACAGUUGCAUCAACAAGGACAAUUCAAAAAAUUGCAAAUGAUACCCACCACGUCGAUGUUUGUUGCAGCCAAAUUUCCACCGAUGCCGUAUCUGGAAGCGAUCAUGGCCAACCAAGUGUUUGAAGAUGUUAUCGCAGCAAUGAAAAGUCUAAAGGUACUUUACUUGGACGCCAUUUUGUUCCGUGCUGAGGCUGAAAUAUUGGCUCAGAACCUCACCAAUCUCGAAGAAAUCUAUGCAUACACUGACAGCGUGGAUGCGAUAGUGCCAUUCGUUUAUCAUUCAGCAAAAUUAGUGAAAAUCUACGUAAAUAAAACGUUCCUACCCAAUCCGCAGAAAAUUAGCCUCGGCAAACUGAGCAAAGAACGUGCAAAGCUAGUGAAUGCUCGCCCAUUGGCCAUUUAUCUCAAGGAAGAACUAUUUGUGAACAUUAAAUGGGCCGAAGAAAAUUUGAAACAAGGCCUGGUCGAAAUCAAAAGAGCCGAAUCCCAUUUUGUUAACAAUACAUUGGUUCGGAUGUGAUUGAAACGCAAGUUUACAAAAAUACAACAAGUAUUUGAUUCCCUCAAUUUACAAAAAAAAUUAAAUAUUUAGAGAUCUUUUCCUGUAACUUUUUUAAAACGAAUUUUUAACGAUUCACAAUUGUUGUAAAAUCAAACUGCAGAAUUAAUAAUGAAUAAAUUUAAUUUUUUGUGAAA